AUGGCAUUGGCAAACAUACUUGCGACAUUAUUAAAUGGACAUGAGUAUUGCGCUCUGUGUUUCAAAAUUAUCAUAAAUGAGACAAAGUCAGAAUUACACGAAGAAGUUACGAUUUGUGAGAAUAAUACAGAAAACUCUUGCAAAUUAUUAGAUAUAUUAACCCUCGUCUUGGGUGAUGAGAUUUGUUAUAAACUAUCGCCAAACAAGAUCAUAUGCAAAACUUGUAUAAGAAUAGCAGUAAAUAGUUAUAAAUUUAUCAACACCACUAAACAGAAUUUUACAUCUUUAAAUAAAAUUGUUGACAGUCUCCUAAAUAAUAUUAAAUUGGAAUCAUACUACGAUGAUCAGAAGACUUUAUUUCUUGUUGUAGAUACAAAACACUACAGUUUAGAAAAGUAUUAUCACAAAAAAAUUGCUCCGUCUAGCAAAUUAGCAUUGAAAAGAAUAGACUCCUUAAUUCAAGAUCUACAUUUUAAAAAAGAUAUAGUGAAAAAUGAAAUAGUGGAGAAUAAAAAGAAACAGUACACAGUAAAGAUACAAACACAAGAUAUGCUUUAUGAUAGAAAUGAUAGACUGAAUUUAAAAUGUAAAGAAUGUUUGAAAAUUUAUCCUACAAUAUCCAAUUUAAGAAACCAUUUCAUUAGAGUUCAUGCACCUAAAGACUAUGAAUGUACAAUUUGUAAACGGUGUUUUGGUUCAAUGGCCUUACUACAAUCUCAUAAAGAUGAAAGUCAUGUUACACUAGUAUGUAGUGAAUGUGGUAAAACAUUUAAUAAUCGCCAUACUCUGAAAAUGCAUGAAAUUAGCCACUAUUUUAAAAUAGUUUGCAAGGAUUGUGGACGGGUCUAUAAAAGCCAAUCUACAUAUAAAAAGCAUUAUGAGUUAAAUAUAUGUAAACAAAUAUCAAGAGCUUCACCCUCAGAUGCAAAAUUCACUUGUGAUUAUUGCAAUAAAAAGUAUACUCAGAAAGUAACAUUACGAGUUCAUAUUCAACAUGAGCAUUUAAAUUAUAAAUCACAUGAAUGUGAGUGGUGUAAGAAAAAGUUUUGGGCACCAAGCCGAUUAAAAGCUCAUAUAAUUAAACAUACUCAGGAUAAAAAAUUUCCAUGCAAUGUCUGUGGUAGGAAGUUUGUUACCAAAGAGUCAUUAUUGUAUCAUACAAGAUCACAUACUGGAGAAAAGCCAUAUAAAUGUGACUACUGUGAACAGAAAUUUGUAUCAGCAUCUCGCAAAGCUGGUCAUUUGAAACGUUUUCAUGCUGAUGCUAUAUUUCAGUGUACAGUAUGCAAACACAAGUAUACUACAAAAAUCUGUUUAGAAAAUCAUAUGAAAACUCAUAAAGAAAAUAAAUCAUGUUUAGAAGAUAAUGUAAUUGAAACAAAGUUAAAACUUCCCGUAGUUGAAAAUUUAUACUUUAUGUCUGAUGAAGAGCCGUUUUGA